UCGAGCCGACCACAACUAUCAGGCUAUCAAGUCCAGGAACGAGCUCCUCUUGCACACAUACCUCAUCCACCGGAUUGUUUGGUCCCCCUUCGAGAUCGGAUACCAUGUCAGAUCUCGGUCUAUUACAAGCCUACAUCUCCACCUCGCCCUUCCCCGUCGUCAUCUACCGUACCUCGAGCACCGCCAACGGCAAUGGUAGCAACAACGGCGACCAACAUGGACAACAGUCGGACAAGGUUCACGGAUUCGACCUUGAUGAUUUACCAGCGUUCGUCAACCCUGCCGCACACAACAUGGUCGGGGAUCACCCGUUCGGUCGGUGUAUAGCCACGUCAUCGCAGACGAGCUUGAAGCAGACGGUAGAUGAGGUCUGGAAGAGACACCUGGUCUGGUCCAACGGGUCGCGACCGCAGAUGCAAAGGCAAUUUGUUCAGUCUGAUCAAGAUGAGAAACGAUCAGGACCCGGUACUCCUCCGCCCAGGGUCGAAGUCACUCUCCUGCAAGCCGUCUCUAUGGCAAAAAGCAUGAGCCACCCUAAACAUCACGUACCACCUGGAAACCUUGCCAACGCAUCGCCAUCCUCCACCGAGAGAUCCAUCUCCUCCUCUUCACAACCGCUGAGUCCGCAUGAAGUUCCGGCGGCUCUCAGUAUACGCGGUGAAGGCAACCUCCAGAUCAUCAAAUGGGCGUUUAGCGUCUUGCCUCUUGCUUCGGGUCCAGGCGCUGAGUCACCAGAGUGUAUCUUGGUCAUGACCGGGAUAUGGGCACAACCGGGUUCUAACGAGCUGCCAGACCUUCACAGAACUGGGACAUUCCCUAGUUCAUCGAGGAAAGGGUCCGUCUCGUCUUCUCGCUCUGGUGCUGCGACGAAACAACCGGAUCAGAACGCGACCUCGAACGCGACCGAAUCUUUGGAGAAUCCGUUGAUCUCGGAUGAUCUCGACAGUGUCCCGGAGCAGCUUGUCAGAAAGGCUCGUGAACUAAACAUACCGCUGCCCGAGAGAAGGUGGGGACCGCCGUCUACAUACCCGUUGGUUCCCAGCUCGCCACAGAAGACGCAAAAAGACGUAAACGAGAUAGUCAACCAGGGCGACCCUGCUCCGAGCUCGGACCCGGCUCAGACCACGAAUUUGAUGAGCCCUGGGGUGCGCAAUAAUGGAGAACCUCUCGAAUCCUACUACGCUACAGAAGACCGGCCUGAAGGUCUAUCGGUCAAACUUGACCCGGACGUGCUGGCUCGAAUGGCCGAGACCGCUCCGAUCGGCAUGGUCAUUGCCAAUACCAACGCCAAGCUGAUCUGGGUCAAUGACAAGUGGCACGAAAUCACCGGAAUAGCCAAAGGAGAAAGCUUGGAUUCGUGGAUCGACCGCGUUGCGCCCGAAUAUAUGAGCCUGUUGCUACAGACAGUCGGGGACCUUAUGGAGACGCGGGCUGUGUCCAACAUGGAUUUCAUGUGGAACGACGGAACGUGGGCCAACUUCACGACCCGGUGUGAUUACGACGAGGACGGCGUGUUUGUCGGGUUGAUCGGGACUCUGUCGGACGCGACGAGGCGGAAGCGAGCCGAGCUCAACGAGAUCGAUGCACUCGUCAAGCGUGAGGCCGAGGCCAGAAGAGCGGCAGAGGAAGUGGAACAGCGGAAUCGUGAGCUAGCCGAAGCCAACGUGAUGAACCAAAAAUUGCAGCAGCAGAGGAAUAUGUUGGCUAGUAUGGCAGAGAUCUCGCCGACCGGGCUCACCAUCUCCAAGGCGGACGGGAACAUCGUCUGGGCGAACAAGGCGUUUCUCGCUAUGCACGGGCUCGAUGACAGUACUAAAGGAGAAUGGGCGGAUACCGUAGUCGAGGAGGAUGCCUCUCGGCUGGUUGACAUGUGGGCAGACUGUGUACAAUCUGGAACUCCUCUGAAAUCUCGUCAUCGUCUUAAAAACGGCAAGACCGUGAUAGCGGAGGCUAUCCGGGAUACGACGACCACGCUUUCUGGUGGGGCUCCUUAUAUUGGCAGCACCAACGACAUCACCCUACAAGUCGAAGGCGAAAGUGCGAUACAACGGCUGUCUGAUCAAAGGGUCGCCGAGGCCGAGCAGAGGAGAAAGGAUGCCAUCCACCAAAAGGAACAGCAGGCCUUGUUGGUGGAUUGCGUAUCACACGAGCUAAGGAACGGCAUCAACCCAAUCUUGCAAUCAUCACUCCUUAUACGACACUCUUUAAUGCUUACCGAGGGUAGCUUUAGCCUAGCGCUGCGCAAUAGCGGUGGAACGAUGACCAUUACCGAAGAAAACCUCCGGGCGAUCGAGGAAGACAUCGAGGCGUGUGACGCAAUCAUCGAUAGCGCUCAUCAGAUGGAAAGGGUGGCCAACGACAUCCUCGGUCUCGCCCAGAUUCAACUGAAUCAGCUCGACGUUACACCUGUACCUUUUGACUUGGGAAGUCAGCUGAGGGGGAUACAUCGAAUGUUCCAGGCCGAUUGCAAGGCAAAGGAUUUGAACCUCUCGCUGAUACUUGGAGAUAACCUGAAGAUUCUCGGACCCAAGCCAAUGAUCAAGGCGGACCCUACUCGACUGCAACAAACGAUCGUGAAUCUGUGCUCUAAUGCGAUAAAAUUCACCUCGUUGCAAGCCAAGCGCGAGGUCACGAUUAGGGUCGACGUCAACCUGAAAGCUCCUGACGAACACGAAUCCAUCGUACCUCCGCCUGACCCGCCCCUCAAAACCCUCCCGGAUGGUCACCCGGUCUGGCUGUACGUCAGCGUGUCCGACACUGGACCCGGCAUGACCCCGCACGAGUUGAGCAAGCUCUUCAAAAAGUUCACGCAAGCCAACACCGAGGUUCACACGCAGAUGGGAGGCAACGGCCUAGGUCUCUUCAUCGCCAAGCAGUUGUGCGAAUUGCAAGACGGGCGAAUAGAAGCCGUUUCGACGAAGCAGGCCCCGACAGGAUCUGUCUUUCGUUUCUUCAUCCGGGCCGCCUCCGUGGUCAAACCGACCGAGAUGAUCCGGUCGAGGAGUACCCCUUUGUUCCCUGCGGACGACAGCAAGACUGGUUCGAUGCACAUCCUAGUCGUUGACGACAAUGAGAUCAACCGUAAAACUCUCAGUCGCCAGCUCAAGAUGUACAAGCAUAGAGUCAAGAUGGCUGGCGAUGGGCAGGAAACACUUGAAAUCAUCGAAGCCAAUGAAGCGGCAGGGACGCCUUUCGAUUGCAUCUUGCUCGACGUGAACCUGCCCAUCAUGGACGGUCUUCAAUGUACCGCCUAUCUGCGCAAAAGCGAGAUCGAACAUCGUCGCAGCAGACCGUACUGGAUCGUAGGGUGUACUGGGAACGCUCGACCCGAGCAAAUCGAGAGGGCGCUGCAAGCGGGUAUGGAUACCGUCAUAACAAAGCCUUACCGAUUACCCGCACUCUUGAAAGCCAUAAUACCGCCAACAGUAAAGGCAACGACCAUGACCCCUCCGCUCGAAAGCGUAUAGCCCAGUCCCACCCCUUGAUCUGGUUUCCACAGAAUGAUAACAGCUGUAUCUAACAUCCUUCUCACCGGCACGAACCCGACAAGCAUCGUAGGAUUGUGUCGCCUUGUAUCCAAUAGAAAGUAGCGCAUGCCAGAAAGUGGC